GGGGGUUGGUGUUGGUGCUAGAGAUGAAGAUGUUGCGGUUCAUUCUCUAGAGUCAGAUACGAGCGUUUACCCGACAAACUCUUCGGAUUUUACCAGUAUUGAUAACCGGGGACUAGAGAAUAUGUGGUCCGAGUUUCUAGACAAUGGCGCUCCCUUGGUGGCCAAUCCGGAGGAAUGGGCGGGUCUGUUGGCUGACCUUACUGAUGCUACUAACCUUUAUGAAUAAAGGUAUCACUAUUUUGUGUUUUGCAGCUUUAUAUUAGUAGCCACCGAUGACGAAACAAAGUGGGCUCGUCUGGGUGUAUGUUCCCGAACCCUAAUGACAACUUAAAAAUCGGAUCGGAUAGUGAGGUCAUAUAGGGGCAAACAACAGCAUCUUAAAAUGCAGGUCACAACUAUACCAGCUGCACAAACCAUGCACACGAGAGAAGAAAAUUGAAAAUCAGUCUAAAAGAGAGUGUGCAGCGGCAAUGCCAGACCAACGUCGAAAAGGUUUCCCCCGCGUACAUCGCUACAUAACUACACACAACCGCGAUGGGGAGUCUGUAUUUCUCUCAUCCAGCCAGGUCCCAGAAUGCGCGCCCUUUCACUCAGCUGGUGAGGACGGAGAACUCGCCCUACUAUACUCCACCGACACGUUCCCCGUCCAAUGUCAAAACGAAGUUGACGUCGCCGUCUACGACUCCUGUCUACACAUGCCCCCGGGCAUCAGUCCUGAGAACGGCACGGUAUUCCGGGUCAUCGACAUGCAGCCGCUGAAAGAAACGCCGAUGCACCGCACAGUGACAGUGGAUUACAGCGUUGUAUUGGAGGGCGAGGUCGAUCUGGUGCUGGAUAGUGGGCAAAAGCGCACGUUGCACCGAGGCGACGUCACUAUUCAGCGAGGAACAGCACAUUCAUAUCGCAAUCGAAGUAAUGAGGAUUGGUGCCGGUUGCUGUUUGUUUUUAUGCCAAUGCAGCAGUUGACUAUUAGUGGGAAGAAGAUGGAGGAGGAGUGGUAUAGUGAGAGGUACGAGACGAAGGAUGAGCAGGAUAAGAAGGAGCAAGAGGGGUACCAUGACUAGGAGAUAUUAUCUUGAAAUCAGUAAUAUUAAUUUCACUACCACUAUACUAUUCAACUCUCAAUGCUCACCGCACAUGUCGAUAUCAAAAUC